AUUGAGUAGUUUCUGUAUGAACUCUGUGAGGAUAAGUCGUAGCUCUUGCUUGUUGGAGCAUUUGCUUUUAGCCUUUUAUGAUAUAUCAGACAGCCUAAACUCUGCUCUGGUACCCAUGGCAAUCUUCUUGUAAGUUCACCUCUUUCUUCAUAACUCAAAACAUGUAAAAGAGUUUGAUGUUUUAUUCUACUGGUAUGAACAUAAAUUAAAUGAUCUAGAAACAUUAAUGAAACUGGCGCAUCUCUUAAGGAGUUGUUAAUAUAGUAGUUGUUGUGUUAUCUGCUUAGUUCAAAAUGCUAAUUUGAAGGAAAGUUUUCUUUGUAGGUCAAUGGUUGCUAGAAUUGUCACAAAUUCCUGAAAUCACAGAGGUUCCAAGCUUCAGUGAGAAUGCUAAGUGUUAUUUGGAGGAUAUUAUUAGAAACUUUAGUAAAGAUGAUGCGUUGGAAGUGAAAUUUUUUGAAAAAGCGACUGACCAUUAUGUUAAAGCAGUCGAGUACUUCUUGAAACAGAGAUGUCAAUCCAAUACAGAGAUUGCUGAGGUACUGUAAAUUUUCCAUUUUGCAUGUACAUCAGAGGAUAUAAAUAAUUAGGCCCAUGCUUUGGCACUAAAGGGAGCAUUCAACACUGUCAUAUUCCUGGUCAUGAUUGAGUUGGUGAAAGCAUAUCCAACCUGGCAAAGGAAAAUUCUCAUAUACCCUUGUCGUCUCGCACCCGUGGACAGAAAUGGAACAAGACGGGAGUUCUAGUGGUAGUGAAGUACAAGAGGACAAAUGUCCGCUUUGAAAAUAUGUUACCAAAUUGGAGAAAAGGGGGAGAACGGCAGGAGGAAAUCAGAGAUGAAGAUGUAAUUAUUGCAGAGAUGAUUUUACCGGUUCACACUUCACACUCAAGAGUUAAAAAUCAUCUCUUGAGGAUAAGCGGGACUGGAAUUAAGAUGUGUUCCAAGUCAACACCCGAAAACCUAAGGGAGUUUCAGAGGACGUUGGAUCAAGCAGAGGCGAGGUUGAGGGCUUCUAAGCCUAAGAUGCCAAUUUUGCCUACAUCUUCGACUGCAAGUACGAUCGAUGUAGGUGGAAGUGCAAGCAUGCCGAUUGGUGCAGGUGAAUCUAAGAGGAGGAGGGGGUUUAAUACCGUGAAACAAGCAUUCAAUAUGGGAGCAAUAGAGGAAUUGGAUGCAUUGAUUGGUAGGAUGUUCUACACCGGGGGACUGUCCUUCAACUUGACAAGAAAUUCAUAUUAUGUCAAGGCUUUUGCAUAUACCGCAAGCAAUCCAAUCUCUGGCUACAAGCCUCUCGGUUACAAUUCCAUGAGGACCACUAUCUUACAACGUGAGAAAACUCACGUAGAGAGAUUGAUGGAGCCCAUCAGGGGCACAUGUCAACAGAAGGGGGUCUCCAUUUAUAGUGAUGGGUGGGCGGAUGCACAAGGAGGCCCAUCAUCAAUUUUAUGGUGGUAUGUGAGGGUAAGACAAUGUUCUUGAAUGCCGUGAAUGCUGAGGGAGAAGUCAAGAAUAAGUAUUUUAUCCAAGCACAGCUAAAAAAGUGCAUCACAGAGGUGAGAUCUAAAAAUAUCAUCCAAAUCAUAACCGAUAAUGCUUCGGCAUGCAAGACCGCGGGAGGGCUUGUGGAGGGCACCUGACCUCACAUAUUUUGAACUCCUUGUGUAGUCCAUACACUCAAUCUUGCUAUCAAGAAUAUUUGUGCGGCUAAGAACACAAGCAAAUUCCGUGGCUUAUGCACAAUUACAUUGGAUUACAGAGAUCUCCGAUGAUGCAUUAUUUAUGAAGAAUUUUAUCAUGAAUCACUCUAUGCGGCUUUCCA